AUGAGUGGGCGUCUGUUGGAUCUAUUCAAACCCUUCGAGGCUUUUUUGCCCGAGGUGAUCGCGCCCGAGCGCAAAGUGCCAUACAACCAGAAGUUGAUCUGGACAGCCGUCUCGCUGCUGAUCUUCUUGGUGCUCGGCCAGAUUCCGCUAUACGGCAUUGUUUCAAGCGAGGGGAGUGAUCCCCUGCAAUGGCUCAGAGCCAUGUUGGCGUCCAACCGCGGUACACUUAUGGAGCUUGGUGUGUCACCGAUCAUCACAUCCUCCAUGAUCUUCCAGUUCUUGCAGGGCACGCAAUUGCUGCAGGUGAACCUUGAAAGCAAGCAGGACCGCGAAUUGUUCCAGAUCGCGCAGAAAGUGUGUGCGAUUGUUCUGACUCUUGGCCAGGCAAUUGUCGUCGUGUUGACCGGUAACUACGGAAGUGUUUCCAACCUGGGCAUUGCUAUCUCGCUUUUGCUGAUUCUGCAACUCGUGUUUGCCUCCUUCAUUGUCCUUCUUCUGGACGAGCUGUUGAUUAAGGGCUACGGUUUGGGCUCAGGUAUCUCCCUGUUUACUGCUACCAACAUUGCAGAACAAAUCUUCUGGAAGGCGUUUGCGCCAACUACUGUCAACAACGGGCGCGGAACGGAAUUUGAGGGCGCGGUCGUUGCGCUGUUUCACCUGCUGAGCGUCAGAAAGGACAAGAAACGGGCUUUGGUCGAGGCAUUCUACAGGGAUUACCUUCCAAACAUGUUCCAGGUUCUCUCUACGGUCUUUGUGUUCUUGUUUGUUCUUUACCUGCAGGGAUUCCGCUACGAGCUGCCAGUCAGAUCCACAAGAACCAGAGGUCAAGUGGGCUCCUACCCUAUCAAGCUGUUUUACACUUCUAACACCCCAAUCAUGUUGCAGUCUGCGUUGACAUCGAACAUUUUCCUCACCUCGCAACUGCUUUACCAGAAGUUUCCCAAUAACCCUAUCGUGAAAAUGCUGGGCGUAUGGGGCACCCGGUCAGACGCUCCCUACAGUCCCAACGCCGCUAUUUCGGGUCUUUCUUACUAUAUCCAGCCACCUUUCUCAUUUACCGAGGCUUUGCUAGAUCCAAUCAAGACAGUAGUCUAUGUCACCUUUGUCUUGGGCGCCUGCGCUAUGUUUUCAAGAACGUGGAUCGACGUCUCCGGCACCUCUCCACGCGACGUCAGUAAACAGUUCAAGGAACAGGGGCUUGUUAUUAAUGGCAGACGCGAGACAAGCGUGUACAGGGAGCUCAAGAAGGUCAUUCCUACGGCUGCUGCAUUCGGUGGUGCCACAAUUGGCGCUCUUUCUGUUGGUUCUGACUUGUUAGGUACCUUGGGCUCUGGUACUUCUAUCCUAAUGGCCACUACCACCAUCUACGGAUAUUACGAGACUGCUGCAAAGGAAGGUGGUUUUGCUAAGAAUCUCGUUGCCGGUUUCUCUGAGAUGCUUUGA